UGGAAUUUCAUCAACGAUCAAAAUUAUGCGCCUAGCUGCCCAGCUACUAGUACCUGGCUAACAAUGUCUGUCAGUGGUACUCCUGUAUCCAUUAUAUCUUCCUUGCCUUGGACCGCGGAUUCACGCAGCUAUCCUGGGAAUAUCACCAAUCAUGACUUUUUUAUGCUGUGGAAAGGAACUGUGCGGACUGAUUGAUACGUGAGAAUGCGUCGCCAGUGUCCAGUCAUAGCACCUAUUUUUCCUUGACAGCUACCGUAUCAUCUAAAUAUGCCAGAAACCAACGAGAAUUGUGUGGAAACACCUCUGAAUCAAUCUUCAGCAGCUGGGAAUCAUGUCAGUUCAACAGCUAAUCCUGAAGAUCCUAAUGCUCAGAGAAACCCUCCAAGCGGGACGUUUUUUGGAAUGAGGAAGAAUCAGCCGUCGUCGUGGGGAGUCGGCGCUACUCCACGCGACUAUAACGCGCGCUUCCCUCUCGAUCCCUAUGGCCAAGAGAUGUCUCGUAAUGCACGGAUAUGGUCCAUCUACCUUGACGGAGCGGCCGAUUUUGACGCCAAUAUGUUGGCAGAGUGGCGGGAUACUAUUGAUGUCCUACUUGUUUUUGCCGGUCUCUUCUCUGCAGUACUGACAACAUUCGUGGUCCAAACGUCGCAAAACAUGCAGCCAGAUUACAACGAGGCAUCUGCGCGUCUUCUCUUUGAAAUCCUCAAGGUCACUAUGUCGAACGGUUCCCAGUCCUCUAUUCCCUCCUCCCCUACUGCAUUUCUCUCUCCCAGUCCUUCCAACGAGUGGAUGAACAGCUUGUGGUUCAUGAGUCUGAUGUUCAGCCUCAUCACUGCCUUGGUUGCCGUUCUGGUCAAACAAUGGCUCCACCAAUAUGUCGCCGUCGUCUCCAACAGCUCUGCACGCGACCGUGCAAGAAUCCGACAUUUGCGAUAUGCUGGACUGCAGACGUGACAGGUGCCGAUGAUCAUCGGAUUGCUUCCGUUCCUCCUCCAAAUAUUAGCUUUCGAAGUUUUAGGG